AUGGCCGAAGACGAGAUCGACGCGACGCAGGAUCCGGAGGGGGGCCCCUGGCAUGGCGCCGCAGACGUCGUCCUGUGCCUGGCGCCCCUGGCCUUCCUGGUCUUCGUCACGCUGUCUCAGAGCUUCCGCAUGCCCACCACUCAGUCGCUGCCCCUGGCGGCGGCGAUGAUGUGGGGCGUGCGGCUGGCGUACCUGAGCUCGGAGCCCAACUUGGUGAAUGCCGCGGUAAUAUCUGGGGCCCUUGAGGCCAUAACGCCCCUCACGAUCAUCGGCGGCGCCAUCUUGUUGUUUUCAACAAUGCAGUACACCAUGUGCCUGCCGUACAUCAUCGAGCAGAUCAAGGGAGGCACAAAUGGGCACCCGGUGGCAGAGGUGUUCCUCAUUGGGUGGGCCUUUGCAUACCUUAUCGAAGGGGCCAGUGGAUUCGGCACACCUGUCGCCUUGGGCGCUCCGAUGCUGGUUGAAUUGGGGCACGCCCCCUUUCAGUCAGUACUGUGCCUGCUCAUCAUGAAUACACUCGCCACCCCUUAUGGUGCGGUUGGAACGCCAAUCUGGUUCGGAUUUGGCACCCUGGGCCUCUCGGACGACAGUCUAAUUCGCGUUGGUUUCAAGACAUCCGUCAUUGAUGCCGUGGUGGCCCACAUCGUGCCACUGCUGGCUGCCACCUUCCUUGUGUCAUGGAAUGACCUGCGAAGGAACUGGCUUUUUGUGCUGCUCAGCAUUUGGUCGUGUGUGAUCCCGGCCGUAGCGUUGUCUUUCGUGUCGUUCGAGUUCAGCUCCAUAAUGGGCGGACUUGUUGGAGUGGGUAUCACUGCGCUUUUGGCUAAGAGGGGCAUUGGGCUGGUCCCCGCCGCCAAGGCAGGAGAGCAGCCCAGCAGGCAACUAUUGAUUACCUCUGAAGAGAAGUCUGCGCUGGCAAAGCUUGAUUCUUUGUCCCCUAGAAUGGAACGCUCAAACUCAAUUCAGGUGGCCACGCUUGCUGUUGCAAGGGAACUCCCUCACAUCCACCGGCAGGCUUCUUUUGAAUCAACCCCUGGGGAUUUCUUCCAUGAGAGCACAGGAAGGAGGGUGAAGAACCAUUUUAUUUUCCCCAUCACCAACGACCCAUCGACAUUCAAAAUGCGAAUGGUUACGAGAGGCACCCAGACAGAUUCCUUGACAGGGAGUGGGGUCGAGCCGUCGCCAGUGCCAUCGGCGCAGUCUGUGGCCAGCGACCCACAGGCCAACGAGGAAAGGAUGAGCCUGACAGCCGUCUCAUUGAACAACUCCAGCCGUCAGCAAAGCCACCAUGAAUCGCUGGACUCGGCAGACGAGGCAGGGGCUGGAAUGGUUGCACUCAACGUGGAGAUGGCCCCAGAUCCCAGAAGUCGCAAGGUGCACGGAUGGACCGCCGCAUUGGGCCCUGUGGGCCGUACGAUGCCACUAUGGGGCACGAUCCUGCUCCUGGUCAUCACCCGCAUCCCGCAGAUUGGCGUCAAGGACCUGUUGCAGAAGGAAGACCCCCACCUCAAAGUCGACUUGGGUACUUUGGGCGACUUCCGCGUGAGUGCCGCCUUGGUUGUGAGCCUCUCGGGCAUAUUGGAGGAGCAGGUGGCGUGGUCGUAUCAGAUGCUGUACGUACCCUUCAUACUACCCUUCGUCGUGGUGUCGUCCCUCACCAUCGCCCUCUACAAGAGGGACCUGGUGCCGGGCGUGAAGUGGUGGACCCCCUUCCGCGAGACCCUGGCCCGCGUGCGCUCCAUCACCGUCUCCCUGGUCGGCGCCCUGGUCCUCGUGGGCCUCAUCCGCACCGGCGGCCCCGGCUCCCCCGCCUUCAUCAUCGGCUCCGUGCUCUCGGACGCCGUCCAGGACGGCUUCAUCGCCCUGGCCCCCGUGGUGGGCGCCCUUGGCAGCUUCUUCUCCGGCAGCACCACCGUCAGCAACCUCACCUUCGGCACCGUGCAGCUGGUGGCCGCCAAGAACAUGGGCACGCCCGUGAGCGGCCUGCUGGCGCUGCAGUGCGUGGGCGCCACGCUUGGCAACAUGGUGUGCAUCAACAACAUCAUCAGCGCGCGCACGGUGCUGGGCCUGCAGCAGAGCGAGGGGGAGUUCAUCAUGCGGACGGGGCCUGUGGCGGCGGUGUUCUUCGUCGUGGGCGUGCUGGCGGGCCUGGUCUUCGUGCUGUGA